GGUGAAAGCCUGAAACAAGUUGCCUUCCUGAUCUCCUACUGGGGGGAGCAGAUCGGGCAGAAGGUGAAAAAAAUCUGUGACUGCUACCACUGCCACAUGGUGCCAUACCCGAGCACCCCCCAGGAGCAGAGCGACAGGCUGCAGGAACUCGCCACUCAGAUCGAGGAUCUCAAACUGGUGUUGAACCAGAGUGAAGAGUACCUGAGCCAGAUCCUACAGAAGGUGGUGAGGGUGUUAGAGCCCUGGGUAGUGAGGAUCCGGAAGAUGAAAGCUAUUUACCUGGUGCUGAACCAGUGUAAUUUCGAUAUCACCGGCAAGUGUCUGAUCGCUGAGGUCUGGUGUCCCGCUUCUGACCUACAUCGGCUCCAGGGGGCGCUAGAGAGGGGCUCGAGGAAAGCUGGAGCGACGGUUCCUUCGUUCUACAACCAGAUUCCGACCAAUCAGUCUCCUCCGACGUUGAACCGUACAAACCAGUUCACAGCCGGAUUCCAGAGUAUCGUUGAUGCGUAUGGAGUGGGCACCUACCAGGAGGUCAAUCCAGCUGUGUACACCAUUAUCACGUUCCCAUUCCUGUUCGCUGUGAUGUUUGGGGAUGUGGGUCACGGUCUGAUCAUGUCCCUGUUUGCUGCCUGGAUGGUGCUCAAUCAGAAUGAUCCCAAACUCAGGAAGGAGCCCAAUGAGAUCUGGAGGAUGUUUUUCGAGGGUCGUUACCUCAUUCUGCUGAUGGGCCUGUUCUCCAUUUACACCGGCCUCAUCUACAACGACUGCUUCAGCCUUUCACUGGCGCUUUUCCCAUCCGCCUGGCACGUGGAGCCAAUGAUCAACAACAUCUGGAGUUCCACAGAUUUGAGGGAGGUUCCAUACCUCUCCCUUGAUCCAAACACCAGCGACGUAUUUCAGGGAGUUUAUCCGUUUGGGAUCGACCCUAUCUGGCAUCUCGCCAACAACAGACUAAACUUCCUCAACUCGUUCAAAAUGAAGAUGUCGGUGAUUCUGGGAAUCGUUCACAUGUGUUUCGGGGUCACACUCAGUGUCUUCAACUACAUGCACUUUCGGAAGCGAUGGUUUAUUUUGCUGGUCUUUGUCCCUGAGAUCCUGUUCCUGCUUUGCCUGUUUGGUUACUUGGUGUUCCUCAUCAUCUACAAGUGGAUUGUAUACUCAGCUGAAAAUUCGAAGUUCGCUCCCAGUAUCCUCAUCCACUUCAUCGAUAUGUUCCUGUUCACAUCGAGCGCUGGGAACGCCGACCUGUACAACUCCCAGGUAAGAACCCGGCCUACAGCGGGGAAACAGGAGAGGGAUUUAAAA